CUUACCGCGUUUCCGAUGGAGGCCGCGGACAAUGCGUCAGCCGGUCUGCCCGCCGGCCAGAGUGUAAUUACAACAACAGCCGACAAUGCGAUAAACACAACAGAUCCCCAGGGUUUUCCUCUCGAAGGCGCGCAACAACAAAAGCCGCCACCGAAACUUACAUUUAGCGAAAAUUCGAGUUCGCUAAUACGUUGUGUACCGAACGAAAGAGCGAUAUUCUUCGUGAAAAUCGACUGUGACGAAGAUUCCGACUUGUUGCCAUUACAAUUUGAAUGGAGCCGUGGAGAAUUGCCAAUUGCGAAUUCCGACCGCUUGCGAAUAACACAGACCAGCACCGCUGUACAAUUGGCUGUGGAGCACGUGCAACGGGAGGACGCCGGUCAUUAUACAUUGAUAGCACGAACGAAAGGUAAUGAUGUAAUUCGCAAAGAUGUGGAGCUUAUUGUCGAGGACAGAUCGACGGGUGAGGAUCCACCUGUAUUUCUACGACGACUGGUUGAUCUGUCGGUGAAAGUGGGAACUCGCACUCGAUUGUUAGUCGAGAUACGUAGUUCCACUGAUGUUAAGCUCACUUGGUACCGAAAUGAUCGACGAAUAUGUGAAAACGAUCGAAUAAAUGAAGUAAACGAGGGCAACUUCCACUAUUUGGAAGUGAGUCCUGUUAUAUUGGAAGAUGGCGGACAGUGGAUGGUGUUAGCUGAAAACUCGGGUGGCCGCAAUUCAUGCAUUGCACAUCUGAAUGUACUUGUGCCCAAAGCUUACAAGGCACCCGAGUUCAUUGAGGAACUACGUGCUGUGCUCACCCAACAAGGCACGGUUUCGCUCGAAUGCAAGGUGAUUGGUGUACCCACACCGCAGUUGCGUUGGUUUAAGGAUUCCAAAGAAAUCAAGGCUGGUGAUGUAUUCGCGCUGACCGCCAAUCUGGAUGACCCCACUUCACUGGGCACAUAUACUUGCGAAGCUGUCAACUGUAUGGGCAAAUCAUAUUCCAGUUCGAAGGUGCAUGUAGUCGGACGUGGCAGUAGGGAGGGAUCGCUCAAACCAGCUGACAGCAUCCCCAACAAUACACCUCCGCCGAUAUUUACGAAUGAGUUGCGCGACAUGAGUGUUCGCAUCGGGGAGCCAAUAAUUCUGGGAUGCCAAGUUGUGGUGCCACCGUGGCCCAAAACAGUAGUAUGGUAUAACAAGAAUGGCCGUAUCGAGUCUGGCGAAAGAUACAAAUUAAUUGAAGACGGAUUAGGAGUCUACAUGAUCGAAAUAAAACCCUCUGAGAGUUGUGACGAAGGUGAAUGGAAAUGUGUAGUCACAAGCUAUGAAGGUUGUAUGGGCAUUUCAACAUGUAACGUAACAAUGGACAUUCCGAAAAAUUAUCGGAAACCACGUUUCAUGGAGAGUUUGCGUGCUGUACUUACCGAAGAAGGCCUGGUUUCAUUCGAAUGCAAAGUAGUGGGCUUCCCCACGCCCAUACUCAAAUGGUUUAAGGAUGGUCAGGAACUGAAGCCCGGUGACGUUUAUCAACUAACUGGUACCAACUCGCUCGGUACUUACUGCUGUGUGGCUAAAAACUGUAUGGGUGAGAGCAGCAGUGUUGCUGUACUCACCGUUGAGGAUAUACAAAACCAACUUAACGACGAGGAACGGCUGUUGUUUGCAAACCAAAAUCAGCCACCGAAAUUUGUUGUUGGCCUGAAGAGCCAAGAAGCUAAGAUCAAUGAAAGUUUCCAGUUUACAGUAAAUGUUAAGGCUACACCAGAUCCAGUACUAUCUUGGUUCCGUGAUGAACUGCCGAUCGAGAAUAGCGAACGGUAUAAUCAUUAUCGUGGUGAACACGAAAAUUGGCACUUAGACAUAAGAUCUGUAGAAUUUGUCGAUCAAGCGGAAUGGAAGUGUGUUGCAGUGAAUGACUUUGGCACUAGUUUAACAUCUAGUUACUUAAAACUACAGAUACCGCGUCAUUACAAGAAACCACGUUUUCUGGAAUGCCUUAGAGCAGUGCUCACGGAGGAAGGCGCUGUCAAUUUGGAGUGCAAAGUAAUUGGAGUGCCACAACCAGUGCUAAAGUGGUACAAGGAUGGUGUUGAGCUAAAACCUGGAGAUAUACAUCGUAUUAUAUCUGGACAAGACGGAACUUGUUGUUUAGGAACGUACACCUGUGAGGCAAGAAACUGUAUGGGUAUUGUGGCAAGUUCAGCAUCAUUGCUUGGCUUCGAGGAGGCCUAUAAAACUCAAAAGGAAGAGAAAGCUCAAGAAAACGAGUUGCAGCGUAACUUCUCCUUAUCCACUAUACAAGAAGAGCACACGUCUCAACUGUAUGAAACUCCUGUUGGUGACAUAACAAUUGACUCAAAGGGUGAGGUAUCUUUUUCAUUUGAUGGUAAAGAGGUUUCGGUGUCUCUGUAUGAGACACCCGAUUUAACUGAAGAGGAAGCAUUAAAGAUUGUUGAAAUGUAUGCCGAUCAAAUCUCAGAGCAUGUUACCGAACACAAUGUAGUGGAAUUGCCACCGUUGCGUUUUGUCAAAGAGACUUCGCAGUCGGGUAAACUUCUAAUGGAGGCUGUGGUCAUUGAUAUUUCACCAGAAUACUUUUCCCAUGAGGAGGAUAUGCGCACCGAGGCAGGUUUGGAUGAUAUUUCCAUAACGGAGAUAACAGUGCAUGGAUCUUCCGGACAUGAGGAUGAAGUCGAUCGUGAGGCUGAAAAAUAUACCCAACGCAGUUUCGAGAAAAUGGAGGAAGAACUCUCUCUGACUGCACCAAUACGUAAACGUAAGAAAUCACGACCCACAGAAACCACAGAAGAAUUUUACAGUUUGUCCAAAGCAUCUGAUAGCCAAGCUGGCGAUGAAGACACUUCUGAUUUGCAAACGUUUGCUAGCGCCACACAAAUGUCAUCACGCGUCGAUUCCGCUGUGGGACCUGAUGCCGCGCAGGCCGAGGAAAAUAUACAACCACCAAAACGUAAAAAGGGCAAGAAACAAACUGACAGUGAUUCAUCAAAAACAAAUGAAGAUGAUGCAAAAAUGCAAGACAUCUCCGGGGCAGUUGGCGAUGGUUUGAUCACUCUAAAACCAGUAAAAGUCAUUUCCAGUGCAGAGGAGAUUGAACAAAAUUUACGUGCUCUUUUGCCACUGGCCAAACUUUUGAAAACGAUUGAGCAUCACUUGACCGUGGUUGAGAAUGAAGUCGUCGAGCAGGCGACCAUGAUGAUGACUCCAGCUUCUGCUGAGCAGAGUAUCGCUAUUAUUCGCAAUAUUGUUGAUCCAAUAAAACAAGUUCAAAGCAAAUUAAGAGUAUAUUCCGGAGAAACCGCACUUGAUGCGCUCUUUCAAACGAUGGAAGAGGAUAUACGAAAGCUGCAUAGAAGUCUUCAAGUAAUUGAGAAGUGCGUCGAAAUUGAUGAAACUGGUGUCACACUUAUACAACGCACCAGCGUCUGCAUCAUAGACAGCGUAGGCGAUCAGCUAAUUAAGGCUUUGGGGGAAGUGCAGAACAUAGCCAAGUGCUUCGAAUCAACUAGUUUACGUGCACAUAUUGAUUUAACGGCAGAUGACAUUAAACAGGGUCUCGAAAUAACACAAGGCACUAUUAAGUCACAAGCUCUACUACAAGAAGCGCAGGAAUUGGAGGCAGCUAAGCACCUUUCAGAAACGGUGGCCAAAUUACAAGCUAUGCCAGCAGUUGAACCAGUCUCUUUUGCGACUAUUUCGGACGCGAAAUUGCCCAACGAGGCUGAUGCAUUGAAGCUCAUUUGUCUACCCGUUGUAAAUUUACAAGCCGCUUUAGAAAAAGUGGAGAAUGAGUUGAGUCUUGAAGAGAACGAGGAACAAAUUUACAGAAAGGUGCACAAAAAGGUAUUGGAAAAUAUCGUAGAACCAAUCAAGGAACUACAAUCGGUAUUGGAGACAAUAGAACGAAAGACUGAACUGUCCGCUACACAGUCUACAGAACAAAAGGUUAAUAAUGCUAUAUUGGAUAUUGUGACUCCGCCUCUAUUCGAACUCAAUAAGGGCUUGGAGGUUAUACUAAGUCAGUCGUCUGACAAUGUGCAAGCUGGUAUGUUGACUGUUAGCACUGUGGAAUCAAUGGUACCGCCACUGCAGGAAAUACAAAAUGGGUUAGCACAGCUUACUCAGGAUGUGGAACGUGGUCAUUUCAAUGAAGAAGCAGCGCUAGACUCAGCGGACACUCAAAAGCUCCUUCAAACUAUUGCGCAGUCGGUACUGCACUUUGAGACGAAUAUCGAGAGACUUUCAGCACGUUUGUCCCCUAAUGUACAAAAGGGCUUGUUUAGUUUGAAGGAAGAAAUGUCUUCGUUAAUUGGCAAUGUACUCGACGAUAAUAUUACCAAAUACCAUGUGACUCUCUUAGAAAACUUGAAGCGUCCAAUUGACGAGCUUAAUUACUGCAUACGUCAAAUUGAAAGCAAAUCAAUUUCGGGCUCGUUAACUGACUUUAUUGAUCCUUUGCACAGUUUAAGUGAUCGUGUGAAUUUGGGUAAGGAGAUUAUGCAUAUGUCAGGGACGAAGCAGAAUGUUAAAAAUGUAGAUGUCCUGGAGAAAAUGCAGCAAUUAAUUAGAAAUGUGGAAAUUGAUAUUGAAGAACACGAGUUCAAAAUGCUACAACACGAAGUAGAGCUUGACGAGAAACUUGCAGCUGAGCAAGAAAAAUCUUUCAUCUACAUGCGUGAAGCAAUGGAAAUGAAAAUAGCUCAAGACGAAGCAGGACAAAACAUACAAGAGCUUCUACACACACUUACAGAGAUUGAAGCGACACCGGGCUUAGACACUCAAACCCAAAAGGUGUUAUCUCAAUUAGAUCAAAGUCUCACUGGCUUAGUGGCCGAUGUGGAAGUAUUGAAGGAGUCACAGAGCACAAGGGAAGAAAAUGAAGCUGCCACAAAAGUUCUGACUGAUAUUGCUAAACCGCUGCAGACGGUUGCUGAGGUAUUACGCAAUUCACUUACACCAGAGAAAGUACCAAAAAUCCAAUCAGUACCACAAAGUCAAAGUCUGAGCGCAGUUUUGCAAGAAAUAAAAGACGUCGUUGAGAAUAUACCAGACCUAAAUGAGCACCACAUUAAAUUAAAAGCACUGCCAAUUGUACAGUCCGUGAUUGAAAUGGUGCCUGUUCUUCAGUCUAUUACUAAUUUACCACGAGCAAUAACUGCAGUCACCCAAUCAGCAGUCGGUGAGAAGAAGAAAGCAGAACCAGAUGUUGAUAAUAAUGCUGCAAAGAAACCUAAAAUAGACACAAAAACCGAAGUAGACAAAGAAAAAAUAACGGUUCCACCAAAAGUUGAACCAGUAGCAAAGAUUGAGGAUGAAGGCUCGACGCUAGAAGACAUAUCCGCUAUGAAAUCUGCCGCUGAAUCUUUGCCAGCAGACAGUCAGGACUCUGCCGCGGGAGAGGGAACCGAUCACCUUAAAGCGUUCGAGGCGAAUAAGGGCAAAGUGAACACAUUAUUGUCUCAACUCAAAAAUAGCAUUGCAUCAGUAUUAGCGCACUGCGCCGAAGUAGACGUUGCCUCCUUGCAACUAGAAUCUGCGCAAAAGGUUAAAGCAUGUUUGUCAAAAUUAGAAGACGUCAAUGAAUUUAUUGCAGAUGUACAUCAACCCAUCAUUGUGGAAACUUUGCACACAAACGCUGACAUUAGUAAUCGUAAAACUUUCGCCGAAGCUGUGUGCCAUUUGGAAACAUGUGUGGUGCAAGUCGAGGAGUGUCUUGCCCAACAUGACUUGCAAGAGCUUAGUGAAAACUCUGUCUCUGACUUGAAAACAUUGGCUCUACCCUUACAAGAUCUUAAAGAGUGUAUAAAAGUAUUUCAUAAUGAAGAAUUGGAGCAAGUGAUUAGUUUGCCAACAGCGAGCUUAUCGAUGACAAGUGCUCAGGUUUUACAAGAAAUAUGUCCCUUUGUGCUUUCUAUAAAAGAGAGUAAUGCACUUGAGACUCUGCAGUCAUUGGCUGCAGAUGAGUCUUUAGCACAGUUGAAACAGUUUAUACAACCCAUACAAGAAUUGGAAAAUGCAGUGCUUUCGACAAUUCAUCAAGUGCAUUUGUCUCAAAUUGAAGAUUUCCCAUCUGAGGUGAGUAUUGCAGUACUGGAGAAGUGCGCCAAGCCUAUUUUGGAUAUCAGGGAAGCCUUACUGCAUGUACAAGCUGAAACCCCACAAUCCCCAAUCGAAGAAUGUCCAGCAUUGGAUGUGGUUAGGCAAAAAGCCGAUGCCAUAUAUAACCUCUUAGAAUACUGUGAACGUGCUAGUCUUAAUGCAUUGGAAAAUAUAACUGAUAUGUCCACACAGGCCGACGUUUCCGCAUUGAAGUCUUGUGCAGAGCUGAAGUCUGUUGAGAUCGGAUUGGAACCAGCAGCGAAAGUUGCAGAAGAAAGUGUAAAGUAUCUGGACGUCAAGGAAUGUAUUGCGGGUGGCAUCAAACAGAUCCAAGUUUGCUUGACUUCGACUGACACAAAUAAAGAGCCCGAAUUGCAAGAUAUUGGUGAAGUUAUGAAGGAACUUAAAAAUGAAUUGGAAAAUAUGCAAAAUGAGUUGUCCAAACCAACAACACAGCAAAAUACCGUUAAAGUCAAUCAAAGAGUGGCUAAAACUAUGUUUAAACUAAAGGAAUGCCUAGUGCAUACCUAUGAAACGGAUGUAGGAAAGUCUUUGGACGAGAUUGAAAAAACGUUCGAAGAUAUCUUACAAGCACUGCCGACUUUGGAAAUACAUCUGGCACAAGAGAUGUUUACAAAAAUUGAUACAUCCCUGUGCGCAUUUAAAACCACAUGCUUACGCCCAGAUGCUCCAACUGAUUUACAAAAGUUAGUGGACCCUAUAAAUAAUAUUUUGAAGACUGUAAAAUCAAUAAGUGAGUUGAAAUCUAUUGAUAUCGAGAAAUCCUCAUUGAUUGUGGCCAAUCUUCAAACGCAUUUAAUGUCAGCAUUUAGAGUGCUAAACGAAGUCGGUGACUCAUUAAGCGGGCAAGAGCGUGAAGCUGCUUUAAGGGCACAAGACGCUGUGCUUGCCACACAUGAAUUCAUAGUGGACGCCAGUGAACAACUUCGCACAAUUGAGCUCCUUCAGGAAAUCGACAGUUUGACGCCGAAUCUUAGUUCUAUUUACGACAGUAUUGCAUUAGCUAAAGAGCUGAAAAACAAACAAGAGCUACUUGAAGCACUCACUCAACGCGUUUCAUCAGGGAAAGCCUUUCUACAAAGCAUUGAGGAAGGCUUAAAUGCCAAUAAUCCACUCUAUUAUAAAUUAGCGGAGGACAAUGAAAUAGACAUACGCAGUGUAGAAGCAGCUCUUUUGCGUAUAGAAAACGAAAUUAUACCAAAGAUGGAGUUACAAAUUCCAACCCCGGAGGAUAGCGCGCUAGUCGACGUCCUCGGAGUGCAUCUGAAAUCUCUUCAAGACAGUUUCGCUAAACUCAAGACUUUACCUAUUGUUUCGCAGGAUAUACAUGGCGAUGAUAAACAAAAGAUAUUAUCCGAAACGUCUCUUAUAUCGAAAACACUUUCUGAGGAAGAAAAGCUAUAUGCUGAAUUGCAGCAACGCGAAAGUUCAUUACCCGCGGAUGAGGAUGUUUCCACUUUGGAAGACGUUUCGGCAAUCGAGUCAUUACUUGGCUCUCCGUUGCGCUCUCACGAUGAGCAUAUUCCAUCAUCGUCAGCUGAUGUAGGUAAGGUCGAUGUCUUGUUGUCACAACUCAAAAGUAAUAUCGUCUCAGUGUUAAAAUAUGGCUCCGAGGUUCAGGUUGACUUCCAAGAACUGGAAUCUACAGAACAGGUUAAGGCAAGUUUAUUGAAAUUGGAAAAAAUUCAUGAAUGUUUUGCUGAUGUUGGUCACCCUUCUGUCAUUGAGCCACCUCUCCUAUCCUUCUCCGAAGCUAGUGAUUGCAAAACGUUUGCAGAUGCUGUGUGUAAUUUGGAAGCAUGUGUAGUGCAAGUCGAAGAAUGUAUUGCUCAGAGUUAUCUGCAAGAUUUGAGCGAAACUGAAAUAUCCGAACUAAAAACUUUGGCGCAACCUCUGCACGAUGUUCGUGAAUGCAUUAAAAUUUUCCAAAAUGAGGAGCUAGAGCAAGUUUUAAGUUUGCCAACAAUAAGCAUGCCAUUAACCAGCGCUCAAGUCUUGCAGGAUAUUCAACCGUUUGUCUUAUCCAUCAAAGAGAGUCAUGCACUGGAGACACUGCAGUCUUUAGCAGAGGACGAGUCACUCGUACAACUUAAACAGUUUAUCCAGCCCAUACAAGAGUUGCAAAAUCUGUCAUUAUUCAAUGUGGAGCAGGUGCACUUGUCUCAAGCGGAUAGCAUUUCUAAACAGGAAAACGUCGAAAUGUUGAAAAGAUUCGCAAAACCUGUUUUGGAUAUAAGAGAAGCUUUACUACAAAUUCAAGAGGAAACACCACUAUCAACGCUAGAAGAAUGCGUGCCUUUAAAAGUAGUGAGAGAAAAGAUCGACGUCGUAUACCAUCUUUUGCAAUAUUGUGAGCAGGUCGACAUGAGUGGAGUGGAGAACGUUGUGGAUAUGUCCACACAAGCUGACAUCUCCGCACUAAAGUCUUGCAUUGAGCCACAAUCUGCAGAAGCGAAACUUGAGCUGCCAGCUGUAGUUGCACAAGAAAACGUGAAGUUUCUGGAUGUUAAAGAAAGCAUUUCAAAUAGCAUUAAGCAACUCGAAGCUUGUGCAACUGAUAUGAAACAAGUAAAUGUUCCAGAACUGCGCGAAGUAUUCGCUGUGAUAAUGGAACUCGGAAAUGAACUAGAAAGCAUGCAAAACGAGCUCUCUACAGCAUCCGAGCAGCAACAUAUGGCGGAGAGUCAAGCAAAGGUCGCCAAAGUGAUGUUUAAAUUAAAAGACUGUCUUGUCCAUACCUAUGAAGCCGGAGUGGAACAAUCGCUAGAACAUAUUGAAACAGCUUUUGCCGAUUUGUUACAAACAAUGCCAAUCUUAGAAAUUCAACUGGCUCAAGAGAUGUGUACCAAAAUGGAGUCUGCCAUUUUGGAGUUUGGCUCAAUAUGUAACAAAUCAGAAAGUUUAGUAGAACUGCGUAAGCUAAUCGAACCUCUCGAGCUGGUUUUAAAUAGCACCAAGGCUAUUAAUAAACUCCAGUUGAUAGAGGUCGAGAAGUCUACAAUGGUUGUGGCUAAUUUACAAUCACAUUUGAUGGCAGUCUUUAGAGCAGUUGAUCAGAUUAAUGAAAAAAUAGAGCUUGACGAAUGUAAAAGUAUUCUUAAACUGCAAAAUUAUGUUAUUUCCAUCACGGAGUUUAUCAGUACGAGCGAAAACACAUUGAGAGUAAUAGAACUCAUUCAGGAACUCGACUCUCUUAUGCCGCAACUAAACUCCGUAGUCAACGAAAUUAAUGCAGAAAAAAGCAAUAAAGGAAAGCAAGCCUUUUUAGAAGCACUUACUUUGAGCUUAACUUCGGGAAAGGCUUUUAUAGCAAGCAUUGACGUAGGAUUAAAAUCUAAAAAUCCUGUAUUCGUGAGACUGUCCGCAGAAAAUAGCUUGGACAUUCAAAAAGUGCGUGAUGCAUUAGUCCGCAUGGAAACUGAAAUUCUUCCAAAAAUGCAUUCCAAAAAUCCGUCAGCAGAAGAGGGUGCAUUGGUCGAUACCCUUCGACUUCACUUGAAAAACUUACAAGCGAAACUGGUUGUUAUAAAUAAUGAAACUGUUUCUUUACAAAGCGAGGUAAAGGAAUCUACAGAGGUUAUUGACGACGAGAUGAAAGAGGCCGUUAUUGAUGGUUUGGAAAGCAAGAAGUGUAAGCAACAAGAAGCAGUAAUCGCAGAACAGACUCAAACCGUAGUAACAGAAGCUGAAGAGAAAAUUAUACCCAAAGAAUCGACCCAAAGCUCUGAAUCGGCAGUUAUUAGUUCAGAUCAAGCACCACAAGAAACUGAAAAUGCUACAGCAACUAUCACUAAGAAGAACGAACAAUUAGAUUCAGAAAAACUUUCUCUACCAACUGAACCAUACUUACAAAAAACUGAGGAACUCAUUGAUGUCACAAUUGAGCUCACAAGGAAUUUGAAUAGACAACAGUUGAGCAAAGCUACAACAGAAGUUUCCAGGUCUGUUGAAAUAACUUUAAGUGAGAUGAAGAAUUUGUUACAAACACAUCCGUCAAGUGCAAUCGAAGACCACCUUUUCCUUCCACUAUUCAAGUUGAAAGAUUUGAUUGCGUUUAUUAAGAAAUCACCUAUGGAUGAUAUUACGAAGAGCAUGGAGAUGCGUCAAGUCAUACAGAAUUCCAAUAAAGUCUUGCUAGAAAUAUUAAACGGGCAUCAAGGACUCCGAAGCGCAAUGAUUUCUGACAUUACUGAGGCUACUCUACCAUAUAUCGGUAGUAUUAUAUCUUUCAUAGCACAAGUAUUUCCUAAUGACAAAGAGUUAUGUGCGACUUCUAGUGCGCUCCAGCGAAUUUCUUCUGAAGUUUCUGUUGUUAAGAAGCAAAAUGCACCAAAAAUGGAUACUGGCUCACGAUCUUAUCAAAAUCUUAAAUCGGCUAUAUUCGAUUUCCGAAACUCAUUUGAAUCUGUAUUCACCAAAACACAAAAUCCACCACUAUUAGAACAAAAAGAAGGCUUGGAUCGCCUAUGCAAAGCUAUAGACGAAGGCCUCAUUACUGAUGUUGUAGAGAUUCUGCAGGAGCUUGAGAUGAAGAAAGAGUUGUUUGUUUUAUUGUUGGAAGGGUUAAAACACAUAUCUCAAGAAUCGGCCACUUGUACUCUUGCAGACUUUAGAAAAGAAGAUGAACCAAAGCGUGACGAAGAUUCUGUGGUAGAAGAAAUUAAAAAUGUCCUAGCGGUUAUUGGCGAAAAUGAAAAAUGGAAAGACACCGAAGAUGAAAUUAAAGAGGCACUACGAAACCCAACUGAUGAACGUUUUUCAAAACUUAUAUUUAAAAUGAGGGAGCACAUUGUCCACACUUAUGAGGGCGGUCCGCUUUCGUCGAACGAAAUCGAAAAACAGUUAGAAGAGAUCAUUGAUAAAUUGCUUGCUAAUAAUCCUGAAGCCACGCGAAAAUUGACUGAAGAAUAUUAUGCAAACAUAAAAGAUAAUAAAAAACAUAUAUGUGAGAAUAUUACUAAAAUUGAGAAUCUCGAGUUACGAAAUAAAGUAAGCGCACUAAAUCCGUACAUAGAAAGUAUAACCAUCACUAUUGAAGAAAUCAUGAAAUUGAAAUCUAAAAGUAAAUUCGGAAGGAAACUUGAUACAUUAAAAAAAUCUCUAAUAGACACCGUUGCAUUCUUAGAUGAACUCCAUAAAGUAAAAAGUGGAGAUGAGCACUUUAAUAUUGAGAAAGCCAAAAAUAUUGCAUUAAACGGGGUUGAUUAUAUAAAUAAUAAGGAAGAAGCUGCACAAUUGCCUAAAAUUCUUUUGGACACUUAUUUAUUAACAAAUAAUCUGCUUGAACUAUGCAUUAAGUUACAAUCAGCAGAUUAUCUUCCGUCAAAACAAAAGGAAGCAGGGAGCCCUGUUUCAAAAAUCGAAGAUGUUGAAGUACAGGAGGUUUCCCCAGAUGAUAAUGAGAAAAUAAUGCAAGAGCCCUGUGUAAUCGAAUCUGAAAUCGUAGCAUUAGUUACAGACUCUUCCGAAGCCUCUGAACUUGUGAGAUCCAUAGUUUUAGAGGCUGAAGCACCACAAACAGAGAUAGCUUCUAAAGAGCCUGAGGUGACCGAAUUAACUGGAACUGCAGAGUCUAUUAAACCAGAAAUAGAAGUGGAAACAAAUGCUCCUGCACUAAUUACUCCUGAAAAGUCUAUAUAUACAAUUGUGAAAGCUGAGGAGCCUCAGCAAGAGAUAGCUUCUAAGGAGUCUGAGGCGACUAAACUGACUGAAACUGCAAAAUCUAUUAAACAAAAAGCAGAAGUGGCUCCUGUACCACUAGCUCCAGAAGAACUUGCACUGACAGUUAUUGAAGCUGAGGUAUCUUCUCAGGAGCCUAAAGCGAUGAAACUGAAUGAAACCUCCGCAUCUGUUAAACUAGAAGAAGUAGUUGAACAAGCUCCACAAUCUGUCGAACCUGAAGCAGAAGUGGAAGCUAAGGCUCCUGAACCAGUAGUUUCUGAAGAACCUAUACCAACAGUUUUGCAGGCUGACGUGCCUCUACAAGAGGUAUCUUCUAAGGAACCAGAAACGUCCAAACUGACUGAAACUUCAGAAUCUGUUACACCGGAAGCAGAAGUGGAAGCUACAGCUCCUAUACCAGUACUUUGUGAAGAACCUCAACCUAAAGUUAUGCAAGCAGAAGUGCAAGCCAAGGCCGCUGUACCAGUAACUUCUGAAAAACCUACAACUACAGUUAUGCAAACGGAAGAGCCUCAACUAGAGAUAUCUUCUAAGGAACCCGAAGCUUUUGAAUUGACUGAUACAGUAAAACCUUUUAAGCCAGAAGCUGAAGAGAAAUCUGAGACUCCUGAAGAACCUUCACUUACAGUUAUGGAAGCUGAAAUGCCUAAACAAGAAGCUAGUCUUAAGGAGUCUAAGGGGACGAAAAGGAUUAAAACCCCUGAAUCCGUUAACCAAGAAGCAUCUGCUAUGGAGCCUGAGCCGACUGAACUGACUGAGGCAGUAAAAUCUGUUAAACCAGAAGCAGAAAUGGAAGCUAAGGCUCCUUUAUCAGUAAUUUCUGAAAAACCUUCACCUCAACAAGAUGAUUCUUUUAAAGAGCCUAAGGCUACUGAAAUGACUGAAACUUCAGAAUCCGUCAAGCCAGAAGCAGAGGUAGCUAAAGCACCUAUACCAAUAGUUUCUGAAGAACCUACACCUACAGCUAAGUCAGCUGAAGUUGUGUCUUCUAAGGCACCUGAAGCGACCGAAAUUACUGAAUCUUCAGAAGUAGCAGGAAAAUCUGAUUUCGAAAACCUAACGGAAACUGCAUCUACAUUCUUUGAUGAAAUUGUGAAAAAACCAGUCGACGAUAAGACUGUUGAUGAAAAGCCCAUUAAAGAUGGUACUGAAACUAUAGUUAAUAAAGAUUUAAUUCAACAAGUAAUGGUUGAACAGAAAGUUUCAGUACUUGAAGAACCCCUUAAUCCUAAUUUGUCAGGCUAUUGUGCGAAUAUUGUUGAAAAUGUUUACAUAAUUCGUCAGCUGUUUCAAGAAGAGACACAUUCCGUUUUCCUCAAAAAAAUACCUCUGAUCGAUAAAGAUUUAGAAACUAUUACAACAAUUUCCGAAGCAGUUAAGAAGAUAAAUAAUAUGGAGAAGUCAUCUGAGAAAAUGGUAACACUUCAGAAAGUUUUAAUGAAUCUUUUCAUUACAUUUGAUGAUUUACAACAACAUAUAAUUGGUGAGAUAAAAAGUAAAAUGGAAGAAGUUAAAAGCUUGGCACUUAGUGAAUAUGAAAAGAUCGAGAAGAGCACUGGUGUAUUGGACUCUGAGAAUGUGUUAAUUAGUAUUUCUAGUUUAAUAAACUUACUUUUAAAUGUUUGCCAAGACAUAGUAAAGGAGGAGAACAAAAAGCAUAAAAUUGGAGAUGUAAUUGAAACUAAAAUUGCUGAAGAAGUGCCUCAUGAAAAACUAGAGGAAGCAAAACUAGAUCUUGAGAAAGCAGUUUUAAAAGAACUUGACAGUAAAGACCAGAUUUUGCAAGAAAGCAUAGCAAAUAAAAAGGAAGAUAGUAAUGAAAUUAUUCUUGAAACAAAACCAGCACCAGAUGCUGAAGAAAUCACUGCUAUCAGCAAUAAAGAUCCCCUUAAGAAAAGCAAAGUUGAAGUGCCUGAGGUACAGGAAGUACAGAAGGAAAUUGUUGACCAAGAGGAACUUUCAGAGGAACUGAGUAAAAACUUAGAGAAAUAUUUCGAAAAUAUUGUCAGCAAUGUUGAUAAUGUUUCAUUUAUAAUUGCUACACCACAACUGCAGGAAUCUUUCAGCAAAAUAGUCCCACUUAUACCCACAUUGCGCACGUUUGUUUUGGUUGCAGAGUGUUUGAAAUCCGUACAGUCCCUUGAAAAAUCAGCAGAGAGAAUUGUUACCCUUCAAAAGUCAUUAAUGGACACCUUCGUUACAUUUGACGAUCUUCACGAAAUAGCAACAAAAGAUUUGAAGCCAAAGCUGGAGGCAGUGAAAACGACCGCCUUGCAAUUAUACGAUAAUAUUGAAAAUGCAACAAAAUAUGUUGAAUCUGAAAGGGCGUUAAAACAUUUAAAUAAAUUAUCUAAUAGUAUCCUAGAAGUAGCCAAGGCACUGGAGACAGCGCUUCAACAAAAUAAAGAAAAGUUGACAGAAAAUAUUCUGGAGGCAGUACGUGGUACUGAAAUACAGAUCGAUCGAGUAGAAUCCACAGAGGCAACGAUUGAUAAAAAGAUUGCAAUGGAUGAACAACCUGAAACGAAGCUAUCAAUGGAAGAAAAAAUAACAGAGAGGAAACCUGAAGAGAAAGCAGAAAAAGAAGCGGGUGUGACUUUGGGAAUUGAACCGAAAGACAAUAAAAAUACUACUGAAUUACUACUCAAGCACGCAACAGAGUCCGACAUGGACAAGUCGUUGCCUGCAGUAGUUGUGUCCCAAAAAGAACCGGAUGAUGAGAAGCCACAAGAAAAGCAGGCCGAAGAUGAUGAUCUUUCUAAAAAUUAUAGUUUAGAAAAUAAACUAAUGGAGGUAAGGAAGAAAAAAACUGAGGAAAAGUCAGAAGCAAAAUUGGAAGAAAAGACGAUAAUCGAAGUUUCCACGAAUAAACCUCAAAAUAUACAGCUGGAAGAAAAAAUUGCGGUCGAGGAAGGUGAUAAGAAACCUAUUGUCGACGACGAGAAGAAAAUUGUAUAUUCCAAACUGGAAGAACUUUUUAAGAAUAUUACCCGAAACGUUAAGAGUUUAGAAGAACAAACUGAAGUGGCAACUCAUCCGUUACUUAGCAGGGGACUGACAUCUCUCAAACCCAACCUUGGAAACUUUGUUAACGUUUCACAAACGAUUAAAAGUAUUGAGCAUGUUGAGAAAUCUUCAAAGGAUAUAGUAGCUUUACAAAAUGUUUUAAUGAAUAUUUUUGUAACAUUUGAUGAUUUACAUGACUUAAAAGUCAAGGAUAUAAAAUGUAAAAUCGAAGGUGUUAAAGUGAAUGCCUUAGCUGUAUAUGAUUUCAUAGAAAAUAGUCAAAAUCAUAUAAAUUCUGAAGACAUUUUGCAAAAAAUAUCGGAUUUGGUUACGAAAAUAUUGAACACGUGCUCUGAGCUUCGCAAAGAAACAGAAGAAGAAAGUAUAGAAAGAUCUGAAGUUUCCACUAAGGAAGGUUUGAUAAUUAAAGGAGAGCAAAAAUCAGCAGCAGAAAUAGAACCCGAUAUAAUAGCUGAACACAAAAUCAAAGAAGAGUCAACAAAGGCUUCGAAGACCGAAACCGAAGUCCCGGUAAACCAGGAUUUGCUGCAAUACUUUAACCAGAUUGUCGAAUAUGUCGAGAGUACAUCUAUCAAAGUCAAUAGUAUAGACGACUAUCUUUUCCGAUCGAAGUUGUCAUCAUCAAACUCAACUCUUGAAAGCAUUGUUUCAUGUGCGGAAUACAUAAAGAAAACGAACACUGUUCCAAAAUCGAAGGAGAAAGUUGUUACUCUCCAAAAGAAUCUAAUGGACAUUUUCAUUCUUUGUGAUGACCUACAGACCGUUAAAGAUAUGACACUGAAUAAAGAUUUUGAAAAGAUUAAGGAUUUAGCAUUAAACGAGCACAACGUAAUUGAUAAGUGUGUAGAUGUGAUUAAUUCCCAAAAAAUUUUGAAAGAUACUGUUCAACUUUGUCAAGAGAUCCACAGUGUUUGUGAAAAAAUUGCUCAAUAUGUGAAUGCUUCGAGUGUUUUAAAAGAAGAAACAGAAAGUGAUGAAAACAAAAAAAUGGGUGAAGAAACUUUGAAAGGUGCAAACAAGGAUAUUGAUUCAGUCCAAGAAAUGACCGACAAGAAUGAAGAAAAAUCAAAAGAAGAGAAAACAGAGGCUAUCGUGGACUGUACAAAGAUAAAGCCUUUCGAAAAAUCAACGGAAAAGCUGCCAGAAAAGAUAUUGAAGAAUGAAGAGGAAUCAAAUAUUAAGAAGAAAACGAAGAGUGCGAAAAAAGACAAAAUAUCUGAAGAAAUGAAAGAGAAGGAGAAGUCUUCCCAUGAAACUCAACAAAGUGGAGAUAAACCGAAAAAGGAAAGUGAACGGGAGAUCACAGACGAAGAGAUGAGGGAUGUGAAAGAGUCGCCCGAAAAACUCAUGGUUGAAGAAAAGAAGAAGAUAGACGAGAAGUCCAACGUUAUGGUCAAAAAAGCAGACCCCGUAGAAAUACCCCAGAAGAAGGCUUCUGAAGAAGCUAAAGAAUUAGAAGAAAUACAGUCAAAAGAUGUCAAGAAACUAGAACCUUCAGAUACAUCUAUUGAUACAUUUUCUGAAAAAGUUAAAAAAAUAGAAGAAAAGCCAAUUGAAGAAAAGAAAAAAAGAGAUGAUAAAAAUUCUGGAAAUCUCGAUGUGACUAACGAUAAGUUAGAAACUACGGUAAGACCUACUGAGAAGCCUUUUGAUCAAAUUAAACAGGUAGAAGAAAAACCAAAAGACGAAGAGUCGAAGAAGGAAGUUGUGGAUGAAGAGAAAAAAGAUGACUCGAGAGCAUAUCAAGAACUCAAAGUUGACGAAUGCAUUGCAGAACCUAUUGAAGGAGUUAAAGAUGUCGAAGAAAAGAUUAAAAAGGAAAAGAAAACGAAGAAAAUAGACAAACAGAAAAAUAAUGACGAAAAAGAUGUCGGAGAACUUGAAGUUGUUGAUGCAAAGCUUGAGCCUACGGAAGAACUUGAGCAAACUACUAAGAAAAUUAAAGAAACAGAACAAAAAUCAAAAAAAGAAAGGACGAAGAAGAGCGUGGACGAACACCAUAAGAAUGAUGACAAACAAACAAUGGAUCUCAAGAUUGCCGAAAAAGAACUGGAGCCCGGAAAAAAACCGGUUGAAAAGAAUUCUGAGGAAUUAAAACAGCUAGAUGAGAAACUAAUGGCGGAAAAUAACAAGGGAGAAGAGCAAAUUUCUGCAGAGCUCCAGGUUAAAGAGAAAAAGUCACAGCCUGCGGAAACACCUAUAGAGAAGCCUUUGGAGGAAAUUAAGCCCUUAGAAGAAAAACCAAAAGACAAAGAGAGGAAAGAUAUUGAUGCUGACGAAGAAAAGAAAGAUAACGAUAAACAAAAAGAACCUACAGAAAAGCCUUCUUCAAAUCUUGCUGAAGAACUUAGUCAGGUAAAAGAUGAAGAGAAUAAUGCUAAAGCCAAACAAAAUGAAAAAAGUGUAAAGGAAGAUGCCGAUGAAGUAAAAGAUAUCAAACAAAAAUCUAAGGACCCCAAAACUGUUGACAAAAGACAAGAGUCUGAAGAAACUAAAAAGGGAGAAGAAAAGCAAAAAACAAAGAGGAUCAAAAGCGUUGGGGAAGAAAAGAAAUUUGACGAUAAAAAAUCGGAAGAUCUGAAAGUUGAUAGUGAAAAAGCAGUACUUGCCGAACCAAUUGAGGUGUCUAGUAGUGACCGUCAAGAAAUUGAAGAAAAAACAAAGGACAUAAAUAAAAAAGAUAAAAAUGAAUUGACGGGGGAGGAAGUGCUAAAAUCCGAACAACUCAAAGUUGUUGACGGCAAAUCAGCGUCUGAAGAAAAAAACGCUGAGAAGGAUAAUAAACAGACAGAUGAAAAACCCAAGAAACAAAGGAGAAAGAAAAGUUCGGACGAUGAAAAGAAAGAUCACGACAAAAAGUCUAAGGAACUCCAGGUCCUUCAGAAAGGAGUUGACGAUAAAAAGUAUGAAGAAGUCAAAGUUGAUACUGAAAAUUCAGUACCUGUUGAAGAAAAAGAUGAGAAAAAACAAGAUAGUGUUGAAGUGACGGCGAAGGGAGAGAAGAAGUCGGAUAUACCAGAGAUUAUUGAUAACAAAUCAGACGAAAAACCAAAGAAACAAAAGAGAAAGAAGAGUCCAGAUGAUGAAAAGAAAGAUAACGAUAAAAAUUCUAAAGAACUCAAGGUUCUUGCUAAAGUAUCAGAACCUUCUAAAGAGUCUGCUGAUCAACUUUCUGAAGAAAUUAAAAAUAUAGAUGAACAAUCAGAGAAAGAAAAGGCGAACAACAAUAAAGAUUUCAAGCUAGUUGAUGAAAACAAAGACCACAUUAAAACACCAAUUACGAAGUCUUCCGAGGAAAUUAAUCAGAAAAUCAACAAACCGAAAAUAGUAAAUGAAAAGAGUGAUGAAGUUAAAAAAUCUGAAGAACAAUUGGUUGUAAAAACACACCCGGAGUCUGUCGAGAAGUCCUUAGAUGUAACAGAUAUGGCAAUAUCCUCAGCAACAGAUAGACGUCUCAGAAAGGAAGUGGCUGAUGCCGACAUGAAACAGGUUGAACAAACAAAAACUCAAGUAGAUAACUCCCGCAAUGCGGAAUAUAAGGAUAAACGGGAAUCACGUAGCGCUAGACGUGCGCCAAAUGUUGACCUUAAACUGACCAAUAGAAACUCACCAGUGGGAAGCGAUAUUAAGCUUACAUGCAGUGUCUCCGGUGCUGAACUGAAAAUCGACUGGUAUAGGGAUAAAACAUUCAUAGAGAACGACAACAAAUAUCACAAAACCUUCAACGAUGGGCUGUCUUGUUUGGAAAUCAAAGCCGUUGACGCCGGCGAUGCGGGCGUUUACCGAUGCGUGGCCACCAAUCGCAAUGGAGAAGUGGAAACAAGCUGCCUUGUGACUGUUUACGAUGUACCGACAACUAAAUUUGGCACCACGCCAAUAUUUACGCGUAACAUAAGAGAAAAAAAAGUUCUCGAAACGAUGGGAGAGACAGAAGGUGAAGUCGGUGCAGCCGAUACGCGAGCCUCUGAGGAGCCCGAGUCGACACCCGUGCAGGAUACGUUAGCGGUUCCGGUACAGAAACGUAGGAAAGUGAAAUCGCCUACUCCCGGUACGCUGCGCGGUCGCAGUGCUACCCCGAUACGCGGCAGGAGUCAGACCCCAUUCUCUUUGUACUUAAACCGUCGCAGUGCUACACCUUCGACAUGGCGCAGCAUUACUCCUUUCUUAAAACGCGAGGAAAGAGAAAAAACUCCUUUCGAGCUUGGCAGAGACAUUAAGACUCAAAUAACUUGCAAUAAAGCUGUUUUCGACCGAGCAUUAAUUAUGGAUAUUACAGAGAGCGAGGAAGUUCAAAAACCUGUGCGUUACAUAACGACCGAUAUGUCUGUCAUUGAUCGUGCUGCCGUAAUGGAUGUAUCGAAUGUUGAGGUUAUAUACUUGAUCGAGGAAUAUGAGGAGGUAGAAGAGGAGGAGGAAAUCAUUGAAGAGGUGAAGCCCAAAAAGAAAGGCAAAGGUAAAAAGGCUCGCACACCACGCAAAAGCGUCGAAAAGGAUGGCUCCGGAUCUGGUGUUACGUCAGAUACUGAAGGUGAGCCUGGUGACAGAGCUAGUACCGAUCGCGAAGAGAGCAUUGAGCCAGAUGAUUUGGACGAGCCAGUAAAAAAGACGAAAAAGAAGGCUGCACCCAAGAAGAAGGAAAAGAAGGAGAAAUCACCCAGCCCAAAAUUGACCUUGAAAUUAGAAAUGGGCGGUGGUCAAAAGGCAAGCAAAAAGAUGUUCGAGGAGCAGCAAAAGCAGCAGGAAGCAAAAGAUCUUGCGCCAAAGCCACCACCAAAAAAGAGCAAACUCGUUUUGCAAAUGGAAGAGCAGGCCAGACAAGCAGCUAAAGCAGCAGAGGAAGAAGCAGCUAAAGCAGCUGCCAAGCCUAAGGGCGAGACCUUUGCGGAGCGACAAGCACGUCUGAAGAAAGAGAAGGAAGAACAGGAGCGCAUUGAAGAAGAGUUACGAGCUGCAUUACGCGCUCAAAAAGAGGCUGAACAGGGUGAUGAAGAUGAAACGGAGGAGCAAGACGAAGAGGGUGACGAAGAAGAAGAGGAUGCUGGUGACGAAUCCUUCGCCGGUACAGAGUCAUAUGGAGGCGACUACGCCGAUGAAGGUGGUAGCGAGUUUCGUGAUGAAGAAGAGGAAGCUGAAGAUGCGGAUGUGGUACCCGAACUUCCGAAAUCUAAGAAGCGACGUGGCAGCAAUUCAUCCGAAGAGUUUACUCGACCUAAUCCUUAUGACGAGGAACGCUGGAAACGCAUCGCCGAAGAGGAGGGUGAAGAGUUUAUGCAGCAAAUGCGGAAAUACAGUAUGCGUAUUCAUAAAAGCGAGAAAGAACGUGAUGCUGAGUGGCAACGUAUAAGAGAGCAAGCUCGCUUGCCGCACUUCAUUGUCUUCCUUACGGAUCGUACUGUUGAAGCAGGCCAUAAUGUACGUAUUUCUUGUGCAGUUGGUGGACCCGAGUUAUCAGUGAAAUGGUUCAAAGAUGGCCGACAGUUGGAGCGUGAUGCAACACAUCGUAUUAUUAACAACAACAACAUAUUGGCUUUGGAAGUAGUCAAUACGACGAUAUUAGAUUCCGGCGAGUACUCCUGUACGGUGGCGAAUUCCAAUGACACCGUCACUUCGUCAUGCUAUGUGACUAUUUAUGAGGUAUUCAAAGACGAGCCAGCACCACCAUCUUGCAAGCUGAUCAAGGAAUACUAUCACUUACGUGACGAUGAACUAACCAUUGAAUGCCAUCUACAUGGUGUACCUCGUCCAGCUGUCGUUUGGAUGAAAGGUGGACUUGAUGUUAAACCAAGUUUCAAAUUUACCAUGCUUGAAGAAGCGCACGGCAUAUAUAAACUGCUAAUUUACAAACCAAACGACAAGGAUGGUGGUACUUAUGUUUGCAAGGCAGCUAAUUCCAGUGGUGAAGUCCAGAUUAGUCAUCAUGUGGAAGUUGCUAAAAAUAGACACUUCCAUGCACGCGGUAUCUUCCACGCACGUGAUCGCUUGCAAAAAGAUAAAGAGGCAACAGCAAAGAAAGCUAUGGAAGAAGCGCUUCAGUCAAAGGCUGCAUCCGAUCGCAAGCGUACAUCGACUGUAGCAGAAGCUAAGGAACGUGUUCACCGCGCUUCACCCGAACCAUUGGUAUCCCCAAAACAAAAACUAAAGUUCGCCACGCAACUACGCGAUCGUAUGGCUCUGGAAGGCAGUACUGUACGUUUUGUAUGUACUGUGAUUGGACCUAGCCCUAAUUGCCGCUGGAUGAAAGAUGACAAAUGGGUUGUAGCUGGGCCAACCGUUAAAAAUCUCUCGGAGGAAGGAAAAGCAAUUCUUGAGGUGAGCAAGGUUACGUCCGAAGCAUCGGGUGUUUACAAGUGUGUGGCCAAAAACGAUUACAGUGAAAUCGACACGCAAUGCUACUUCAAAGUGUAUAGUGCCCAAGCCGAUGGCGACGAACAAGAGCCGAUCUUCGCUCUACCACUAAGAGAUGUAUAUCAUUCGUCCCAGAACGAUUUAAUUAUUGAUACGAAGGUGCGCGGCAACCCCCGCCCCAAGAUUACAUGGGUAAAGGACAAUCUACCAGUAGUACUCGAUGAUCGUCGCGUACAGAUCGAACAUUUGGAUGGCGUUUGUGAGCUGAUCAUUAACAAGCCAACGUCGAGUGAUAGUGGUGUGUACACUUGCAUUGCUGAAAAUAAAUUGGGCAGUCAGAAAACUACACACACAGUUGUAGUAGAAGUUGUGCAAUCAUCGCGACGUUCGAGUUUAUUAUCUGGCGUAAUGACCGAAUCUGAUAGUGAAGCUGGCACUGGAGAUGCGAGUGGUAAGAAGGUCGAGAAGGGUAGUCGCCCUCCAAAAAGCAAGAAGAAGGAUGAUGAUGCCGAGGCUGGCACAUAUGAGCGUCGCAGUCGUAUGCCCGACCCUUCACCAAAAACACAAUUGUAUUUUAUUGCGAAUAUUUCGAAUCGCUAUGUAGCCGAAGGUUCCAAAGUCAAAUUUCAGGCAGUUGUGGGCGGACCGGAUGCCACAUUCAAAUGGCAAAAAGAUGAACAAAAUGUUACUUAUGGUCCACGUAUCCGUAAUAUGAGUCGGGAAGGAAUGGCUUGCUUAGAGUUUCUCAAUACCGCAGCUGAAGAUUCGGGUGUUUACACGUUGACUGCACAGAAUGAAUUCUGCAAAAUUACAACCUCGGCCUUAUUGCAUGUUUACUCACCGAAGGUUAGUUCCGACGUGCAACCAAUGUUUACACGCUCACUGAAAGAAAUCUAUCAUCUGAACACAAAUGAACUCGUUUUGGAAACGGGAGUACGUGGACAACCAACACCACAAGUGCAAUGGUCGAAGGAUAACUUCGAAAUAAAGAAUGGUGGACGUUACCAAAUACUACAACAUCAAGAUGGCACUUGUGAGUUGAUUAUUGAUCGACCGGAUGCAAAAGAUUCCGGCAAGUAUUUAGUGCGGGCAGAGAAUAGUGCUGGUAAAUCAGAGAUUACGCACACUGUAUUGUUUGAGGGUAAGGCGUCUCAUAUCGCUGAGAAUAUUCAUGGUGUAUUCCAUGCCGAUAAGAGUUUAUUGCGUGCCAAGACAGCAGAGGACGAGAAGGCAGCCCCCUCAAAAGGUGAAGCCGCCGAAAGUGAUGCAGAGGAUAAAGAAGGCAAAGGAAAAUCGAAGGCUAAAGCUAGAAAAGCUAAGAAAGAGGAGGAGGAAGUAACUUCGUCUGCAACUGAAAUUAUUUCAGAAACUGGAAGCCUUAAGAAACGAGAAAAAGUUAUUGGCAUACAUUUCGCUACAUCGGUUAGAGACCGUGUUGUGGCUGAAGGUUCGAAAGUGAAAAUAUCAUGUUUCUUGGAGUCAAAGGAACCACAAGUCAAGUGGUUUAAGAAUGAUGAACCUAUCGCUAAUAGUCCAAAGAUUAGGGGUCGUUACAGUGAAGGUUUGUGUUUAUUGGAAAUUGCUAGUGCUACGGUUGAGGAUAGCGGUGUGUACAAGUGUUGGGCGCGCGAUGAAACCGGCGAAGCUUCUACAUUCUGCAAAUUGGAGGUUUAUGCAGAUCCAGGCACUGGUGAUGUGCCACCCACAUUUACACGUAACAUUAAAGACACCUAUCAUGGCAAAAUUCAUGAAUUACAGCUGGAUGUACAUGUUCGUGGUCUACCCACGCCAUCUGUUACUUGGGUUAAGGAUGGAGUUAAAGUCGAAUCGAGUGAAAAGUAUCAGCAAAUUGACCAUGAUGAUGGUCUUUGUGAGCUGUUCAUUAUAGAUCCAGUGCCGGCUGAUAGUGGUAAAUAUGUUUGCCAAGCGGAAAAUCGUGAAGGGAAAACUGAAAUUAGUCAUAUUGUGACGGUGGAGCCUAGACGUAGGCGACCGGUUUCUCCAUCUAAGGAGGCCAGACCACCAGUCAAACCAACAACAGAGGAAGAAGAGAAGGAAGGUGAGGAUAAGGAGGAGAAGAAAAAGAAGAAGAAAGCCAAGGAUGAAGAGGAGGGUAGUGGUAGGCGUGAGGCACCACCACCACCAGAUCUAAAGAAAUAUCUGUACCUUAGAAACUUCCUAUCUAAUCGCACUGUGAAGGCUGGCAGCAACGUCAAGUGGAUGGUUAACAUCGAUGGACCUGAGCCGACAGCCCGUUGGUUCCAUGGCGAGCAACCAAUUACUUUCGGACCCAAAAGUAAAAUGUCUUGCCAGGAUGGAAUCGCAUGGCUGAAUUUGAUAGGCGUUUCCGAAGAGGAGGCAGGUGAAUACACACUACGUGUGAAGGGUUCGGAAAAUGAGGUUGUUAGCACUUGCCAACUUUUUGUCUACACUACUGGUAAAGAGGAGGUAGUAGCACCUGUUUUCACAGUGGGCAUUAAAGACACUUACUCCAUCAAUGAGAAUACAUUGGUGUUGGAUUGUCGUGUACGUGGUAAACCUCGCCCUGAUAUCCAAUGGAUGAAGGGUUCGGAUCUGCUUAACGAAGAUGACCGUUAUAACAUUGUUAACUCUGCUGAUGGCUAUACUAAAUUGACAAUUAAUAAUCCAACGGAAAAGGAUUCCGGUCUUUAUGCUUGCGUAGCCCGCAACGAGGCAGCUGAAAACAAAAUUACUCACCAAGUCGAUUUUGUGGGACGCGAACGGUUCGCGCUUGAAAAGACACACGGUUACUUCCACCGUGACCCCAAUAAGCCACACUUUGUGGUGCCGUUGAGCAACCAAACAGUGAGUCCCGGCGGAACGGUUGCUAUUUCUGCAGAAUUCAUGAAAUCGUCUACGCCAUUGGAAGUACAAUGGUUACGCAAUCGUCAAACUGUCGCCGGCCAACCAGGCAUAAAAACCUUCAUGGAAGGUGGUGUAUACACAUUAGCCAUAUUGAAUGCACAACCCGAAUUGGAGGGCACUUACACAUGCCGCGCUUCGAAUGCUUUCGGACGCAUUGAAUCGCACGUAAGUGUCGAUGUUGCUGCCGGUGCCCCGAAAAAUGAACGGCCACCGCUCUUCUUAUCGCGACCAGAGCCCGAGAUGAAAAUAUUAGUGGGCGAUCCAUUCUCCAUUUCGUUCCGUAUUGCGGGCGAACCGAAACCUAAAUUGACCUUCUUGAAAGGCACCAAAGAUAUUACCAAAUCCGAUAGAGUCAGUAAGGAAGUGUCGGAUGAUUACACCAGAUUCACGGUGCAAAGCUCACAAAUCGCUGACUCGGGUACUUACUUCGUCGUUGCGCGUAAUAACUUCGGCACAGAUCGUGUAUUUGUAACCGUUGCGGUAAUGCCACGCGCACGCUCCGAAACACCAACAACGCCACGCUGGGGGCAGCGACUCGAAAGUUUCCCUGACAUUUCUUAUUUCAGAGAUCCUCCAGGUCCGAUCUCCACGGAACCUUUGGUUGUCGAUUCCGGACCGUCACACAUCUCCCUCUCAUGGGGUAAGCCAGCGCGAGACAAUUCUGCGCCCGUUAUUGCCUAUCGCAUUGAUGCUUGGGUUGUUGGCCACGAAGGUGGUGCUAUGUGGAAGGAAUUGGGUCUGACACCUAUAAAUUCGUUUGAUGCGUUUAAUUUGAAGCCCAAUAUUGAAUAUCACUUCCGUGUAACGCCGAAAAAUCGUUACGGUUGGGGUCCGUCGGUGCAGACAAGCAGUCCACUUCAGGUGGGAGGCGCUGAAUGCUUGCCCGAGUUCGUUAAAAUACUACCUGGCCAGUUGAAGGCUUUACUGGGCACACAACUUAUAUUCGAAUGUACGGUGCGUGGCGCGCCACGUCCACAAAUAGACUGGUAUAAGGAUGGCAUGCAUAUUAGUCCACUAGCCGAACGUAUCAGAAUUCGUCAAAUUGGUUCAACUUGCACGCUGAUCAUUGCUCCAGUUUCUGAGUUGGAUGCAGGUCGUUACACUUGCGAAGCAACUAACUCCAAGGGCAGAGUAUCGACUUUUGCGCGCUUACAAAUCGUCACCGAUCCUCGACUAUAUGAAGCCGAUACUAAACUGAAGCAAAUCGUUCAUUCCGCCGAUGUUGCUCAUGCUGGUGACACUUUACCAAUAUUCACGAUGCGCCUGCGAGAUCGACGGGUGCAAAUGACCUAUCCUGUGCGUUUGACUUGCCAGGUUAUGGGUCAUCCAAGCCCAGAAAUAAUGUGGUACAAAGACGACCAGCAAAUUGUAGAAAAUCGUCGUUGUCUUAUCACGAGCGAUGGCCAGUUUCAUACACUUGAAUUGGCUAGCACCGUACUAGAUGAUAGUGGAAUUUAUACUUGCACCGCUAAAAAUGAACUUGGUUCGGUAUCAUGCCACUGUUCGCUUGUCGUCGAUAAAGGUAUACGCGCUUACAUAUCGCCCGAGUUUUACAUGCCGCUAGACCCCUUGUAUAUAUAUCAAGAGGGACAAGAAAUACGCCUCGCCGCUAAAGUAGAAGCCUAUCCAACCGUGGGAGUUUCAUGGCAUCGUAAUGGCGUACGAUUGCGUCCAAGCAGACGCAUAAGUGCCACUCUGGAUUCUAACGGUUUUGUUGAAUUAAUAAUUGCCAACGCAACCAUACACGACGCUGGCAUUUAUGUUUGUGUCGCUUCAAAUGCUGUUGGCAAAGUAGAAAGUAGCUGUCGCGUGGUGAUAGAGGAGCCCGAUGAAGAUCAGCAACAGCAAAAGCAACGCAGUAGCAGCCAGAUACCGACUAUUGUAAAAAGUGAUUUACCGUACUCCAAGGAACCCAUGUUUGUUGUCAAACCACGUUCUAGUGAGGCCUAUGAAGGUGACACCGUAAUAAUAUUCUGUGAGGUUGUCGGCGAUCCAAAGCCUGAAGUUGUAUGGCUGCGCGAUUUCUUGAAUCCGGAAUACUAUAAGGACGCACCACACUUCCGACCUAUAGGUGACGGUCCGGAAUACCGCCUGGAAAUACCUAGCGCCAAGCUGGACUUCACCGGCACUUACUCUGUUAUAGCGAGCAAUUGUAAUGGUGAGGCAAAGGCUGUCAUCUCAUUGCAAAUUUUCGCUAAAGAUAUCCUCAACAAUUCGCAAAUGGAGAAAGGGUCUAUUCGACACGGCAACGUGGAAACCUUCCCGCGCUUCAUCCGUCAUCUGCGUGACUUACGUUGCUGUGACGGUGAUGCCAUCACUUUGGAAUGCCAUGUUGAGGCACUCCCGGAACCGGUAAUCAUUUGGGAGAAGGAUGGACGUGUGCUACCGAGUGGCAAAGAUUUCACAAUGUCCUACGACGGCAUCAAGGCUACACUGAGCAUACCACGCAUUUAUCCAGAGGAUGAAGGCGAAUACACAUGCGUCGCAAAGAAUAAUCUUGGCCGCACACUAUCCUCGGCUUGUAUUAUUGUCGAUGUGCCUGAGGAAAAGGAGAAUAUGUUAAAUCGUCAGCUGUCCCGUCCCAGCGGUUUACUCUCGGCAAACUCAACACCACGUUCAACACCGCGCUCCACACCCAACCGUUGCUUUUCGCCUCGUCGUCUGUCUUACCGUUCGUCGCAAAUCGAUCUGAGUGAUGGUCGCAUAGGCAGCUAUCGACGCGCAAUGUUGGACACUCGUACUUUGGCUGCGCCGAAAUUCCUAGCCAUUCCUCACAGUCGUGUCGUCGAGGAGGGUGACAAUGUUCGUUUCCAAUGCGCGAUUACCGGUCACCCAACGCCUUGGUCGACAUGGGACAAAGAGGGUAUAAUUGUUACGCCUACUGCCCGGAUCGCUGUGAAGGAGGUGGAUGAUUUGCGUUUCCUGGAGAUCGACGAAGUCACUUUCGAUGAUGCUGGUCUGUAUCGUAUCACCUUGGAGAAUGACUUUGGACGCAUUGAAGCCACAGCGCGUUUGGAUGUAAUUAGCCGCUCGCGGUACUCACGUUCUCCUUCCGUGCGUAGUGUUCGUGCAAGUUCUUCGAAACGCAAUGCACACCUACGUAGACGUAUCAUGGGACCAUCGACGGCUAUAGGUGGUCGCAUGGCGUUGGCUACUGGUUAUCGCGGUUCUUCGGUGCCAUCCUGUAAAUUUUACCAUAACGGCACUGAGCUGGACGAAGAUGAUGAACGUGUGCAGAUUGUGGUGAAUGAACACGAAGCACUGCUUUGCAUUGACAAUGUGACGGAGGAAGACGAGGGUCUGUACACUUGCAUCAUUCAGUGUGAUAAUGAACCGUUGCUCACAAGCACUUGGGUGAAAUUCGAAGCAACAGAAAGUGAUGCAUUAACAGCACGUCUUUCAAAACCGUGCAUUUCGCGAGCCCUCCCCGCCAAAGUAGAAGCUCACGAACGCGAGACUGUUGACUUGCGCUUCGAGUUGGAUUGCCAUGAACCAUACACUUAUACGUGGACGCGUAACGGUGAAGUGUUGGUCGAUGAUGACGAUUUUAACCAAAUCGACCAUGGCAACGGUGUACUCUGUCUGCGCAUAAACGACGUUUUCGAUUUAGACUCCGGAGAAUACACGUGUGAGGUACGCACUGCCAGCGGCCUGACCUGCAGCACUGCCUGUCAGCUGAGCGUCGAUGAAACCGACGAUGUUGUCGAGUCUGCGCCAAUACUGUUGAAAUCGCCGCUGCCGGCACUAACGAAUGCCGGUGCAGACGAAGUGGUGUUUUGUGCGCAUGUUCAUCCACCUGAAGCCAGCGUACAAUGGUUCGUCGCCGGUCGUGAAAUCGUUUCCGACUAUGUAGAGGAAGAAAACGCCAAUGACUCACUCAUUGGGGAAAUAACAAAGCAGUUUGGCACGGCGCGUGUCGCCAAUGAAUCGGACGGUGUCCGCAUACUACGCAUACGGAACGUCCAGCCGCAUCACUGCGGCGAAGUGCAAUUGAGUGUCACACAUUGCGGUAAGUCCAGUUCGACACUGCGCGCCUACACCAGUCUGGUUGUGCUGCCAGGACCUACGUCGCUCCAGGGCGAUUCUACAGAAACCACAAGUGCCGCUGAUAAGGCUAUUGAAGCGCUGAACGGUUCCGAGCUGCCAGAAGUACCUGCUUGCAUUUUAGAGGGUCCACAGGAUUGCACUGCUCACAUUGGUGGUAGCGUUAAGUUGAGCGUCUGCUACGAGGCUGUACCGCGUGCACAAGUCUGCUGGUACAAAGGGUGCCGUCCGAUCGUCGAGCAGCACAACAUUUCCAUACGCAGCAGCGCUAAGCGUUCGACGCUGCUCAUAACUGAGAUUGCGGCAGAUGAUAGUGGCAAGUACACGGUGGAGAUCAUGAACGCGUUGGGCAGCGAUGCAGCGGCGGCUUCGGUGGCGGUGGAGGGUCCGCCAGAUGCGCCCAGCGGCAAGCCCAGCAUCUCACAAGGUCCCGAUCGCAUUGCGGUCGCUUGGUGCGGCCCACCCUACGACGGCGGCUGCAUGAUUACCGGCUUUAUCAUUGAAAUGCAGCAGUUGCCUGCCGAACCGAAUGAUGAGACUGACGAUUUGGCUGGUGGCGAAAGCGGUUGGCACGAAAUCGCUACCGUUGUGGACUCAUUAGCGUACACGGUUAAGAAUUUGACACCGAGCGCCGCAUAUCGAUUUCGAGUGCGCGCCAAAAAUGUACAUGGCUGCAGCACACCCAGUUUGCCCAGCGAUCCGGUUGAGUUACAAGCCCAAGAAAUUCCAACAGAAGAUUUUCACCGACCGAUCUCCGUUAAGUCAGGUGGCGAUUUCAAAAGUCGCUUCGAAAUACUCGAGGAAUUGGGCAAGGGUCGCUUCGGAAUCGUUUAUCGGGUGCAGGAGCGUGAAGAUUCAAAACAAAUUCUUGCUGCUAAGGUGAUUAAAUGCAUUAAAGCGCAAGAUCGACAAAAAGUAAUGGAAGAGAUCUCCAUUAUGAAAUCAUUACAACAUCCGAAAUUGCUGCAGCUCGCCGCUUCAUUUGAGAGUGCUCGCGAAAUUGUUAUGGUGAUGGAGUACAUCACUGGCGGUGAGCUGUUCGAACGCGUCGUAGCGGACGAUUUUACGCUGACCGAACGCGAUUGCAUACUCUUUCUGCGACAGGUGUGCGAAGGUGUCGCCUACAUGCACACGCAAUCAAUCGUGCACUUGGACCUCAAGCCGGAGAACAUUAUGUGCCAUACACGCACCAGCCAUCAAAUCAAGAUCAUCGAUUUUGGGUUGGCGCAACGUUUAAAUAAGAAUACACCGGUGCGCGUGCUCUUCGGAACACCCGAAUUCAUACCACCCGAAAUAAUUAGUUACGAGCCAAUCGGCUUUCAGUCGGAUAUGUGGAGCGUGGGCGUCAUUUGUUAUGUGCUUUUAUCUGGCUUAUCGCCAUUCAUGGGUGAUACUGAUGUUGAUACUUUUUCAAAUAUUACACGCGCUGACUAUGAUUUCGAUGACGAAGCAUUCGAUUGCGUUUCGCAGGAGGCAAAGGACUUCAUAUCGAGUUUAUUGGUGCAUCGCAAAGAAAAUCGCUUGACAGCCAAACAAUGCUUGGAGUCGAAGUGGCUGACUCAGGAACAUGAUGAGAACCUCAGUAAUAAAAUCUGCACAGAUAAACUAAAGAAGUUUAUUAUACGACGCAAGUGGCAGAAAACCGGCAAUGCUAUACGCGCCUUGGGCCGCAUGGCCACGCUUUCCGCUUCCAGACGCAACUCGGCCGUUUCCGGCGCCGGCAGUUUGCCUAACAGUCCACGACCAUCCAUAUCCGGCAUUCAUCAUAUGUUUAGUCCGAAUACCACCGUGCAGAUGGGUUCGCUGCACGAAGAAGAUGACGACUUCAGCAUUGAGCUGCCGAAUCAGACAACGCUGGAACAACAGCGACGCAUUCAAAAGACGCUGAAAGUGCGCGACAAAUCACAAUGCAGCGAGCGCAGCGAUUCCGGUUACAGCGAGUGCUCCAAUUGCAGUGUGGGUGGAAAUAUGCCAUGUCAUUGCGCUGGCGCGUCUGCCGUGCAGGUCAUAGUGCAGCACAGCGCUUUGGAUGAUUUACACGCGCCAAAUGCAGAAGCGGCGCUGUCGCUGGGCGUACCGCACGAUGUGCUCAAGACGAAAUUGGAGGAAAUCGCGCAGCAUGAGAAUUUGGCGUUGCCGCAUUUUGACGAAAAAUGCAAUGAAUCCAUAAGCGUUUUAGAGCAACACAUACGGCAAGUAAGUCUACAGCCAUCCAACGGAGUGACGGCCGGGAAAGAUAACGGAGAGCAUAAUGAGUCCAUGCGAGUGCGGCAAGAGGAUGGGAUUUCUGAUCAAGCGAAUGUAACCUUAUCGCUUGCAGUGCCACUCACAUCGCCGACGCAAGUUGCGCCAUCAGAGCCAACAACAGUGUUGGCAUCACCACCACAUCGCGAACCCAUAAUGCGCUCGGAUUUCACUAAUACCAUAAAGAUGCGUAAGAAAUCGUUGGAGAACAAUGCGUUGCGAGAGAAGGCCAAGCAACAGCCUAAACCGAUUCUCGAAGCGGCUGGAAAAGUCUCACAGCUGAAGCAUAAGUUCAAUUUGGCCUCCAGCGCCGAUGAUGCCAAAUGUGUUAACGCUAAAUUGCUGGUACCCAGACAAACUUCACCACUACAUAAGAGGGACCACAACAAAGAUGUUUUCGCCGAUAAACGCUUCGCCUGCGCUAACCAAACAAACGCCACAAGUGCCACAACGAAAUCAACGAAUUCAACACUACAACAGCAACAGCAACAAAAGCAUCAGCAAAAACAAUGCUCCUCCAUGCCCAACUCCCCGCUGCUUGGACGCUCAACAGCGGCGCUUCGGCUAAGCGGACGCGUCCGUGAGGCAACCGAGCGCUUGUCUCAACAACAAACCGUCGCUACCAGCGCGCGACGCAUGGAGGCACGACGUUAGACAGCAGCAGCAGUGACAGCAACGGUUUAAACAAAGGCGCGACGCUAAAUGCCAAAUAAAUCAGCGCAAACCGGUUGAGACGCACGUGCGGGAAGGCAAACACAAAUCACUUUCAAAAACAGUUCACGGUUAUGGAUUAUACGCGUCACGUAUGAUAGCAAUAACAGUAAAACGUGACGUCGCUAAUCCGUAUUUGCGUUGUUGUUGCCGCCGCGUUAUCCUCCAGGCGCCUCACUUGGAUGAAUUUGUUAAUAAAUACAAGUUAUUAUUGCUUGUUGUUAUUGUUAAGUAUUUUAUUUCCCAACAAUCUCAUACCUGUUUUGUUACAUUUUUAUAAGUUUUUGCUAUUACUGCACUUGAACUACGCGCAGCAUCCACAAUUCAACUAAACCUACCCACACUCGAAUAAGCCUACAUACAUACAUAUAUUAAUGCAUAGCUUAUGAUUCAUGCAAGUACGUGCAUCCCUUGCGUACGCACAAUUACUUACAUAAUCAAAAGUGAGAAUUAAGUAAUUUAAAAGCAACGAUUAUAUCUGCUAAACGAAUAUAUUGGCCGAAUGAAUGGCCUGCCCACUCACACGCAUACAAAUAUACGUCCAAGUAAUCAGAGAGAAUACAUCACCUUUGAUAGUACUUACAUUUCGAACGCCUUGGCUUGUAAUUGCCCCUGUUAUAAAUGGAAACAAAUUAUACAUACAUAUAUACUUACAUACGUGUAUAUGUGAAUCCCCACUAAGGAUAAUUGUUCUAAAAUAUAUUGUAAUUAUGCAUUAUUUACCAUUACAUUGUUAAUGAAUAGAGAUUAAUUGUUUAAAAUUACAUAAUUAUAUACAUAUCUAUACUGACUACAUACAAGUAAAUUAAUACUUAUAAAAAUAAUAAAUUAUAUCUGCAAUGUUCUUACAUUUUGAUUGUAUCAAAUCGCCGAGUUGUCUACCAUAAAUAAAACGUUGAAGCUCAAUGUGUUGGUUUUAUAUACUACUGUGAGCAAAAAAUA